AUUAAACACAUUAAUUAUGUGUCUGGAUGAGUCCAAUGACUGGAAGUCAGCGGAGAGGAUGUGGUUCAUAGGUUGAGGAAGUUAUUGGAAAUUAUGAAAUGACAUCACCGCAGUUUUUUUCGUGGCUUUGUUUGGUUCCUCUCCUGGCCACGCCUUCCUGCCAGCCCGAUCAUAAAGCAGCCAGGCUGUGCGUGUGUGUGCACCAGUUGAACUCCUGUUCAGUGCGGACAACAGGUGCACUUCAGCCUCUCCUCACCGCGUUGUCGGAUAAUGCCCGCAGAGCGCCGCUCGUCGCUUUGCGCAGGGCUUCCUCGUCUGCACUUUGGACACUUGCACGUUUUUAUACCCUGAACGCUUCCAGCCACAAAAUGCCUUUUCCACCCAUCAACCUCCACCAGCGGAUCUCCUCUCCCGGCAGGGAGCUAUUCGGGAAAAAGAAAGCCAACGGAGUGCCUCCUCAGCCUGAGCUCACCAGCAAACCCGGCAGAGAGAAAGCUGGGUCCGAUAAGGAGAAGCAGUCAAUUUCUUGGACAUCUGCGAAUUUAAGGAAUUUGGGACGAAAAGCCCAGCAGGAGAAGAGUAAAAGGCCACCUCAGAAGGAGGGUGCCGGUCAGGAGACCCAGGGAAAAUGCUCCUGGCUGACGGUGCCCAAACCUCAGGACUCAUCGGAAGGAGUCAGGCGCUCCAGCUCCAUGGACUCCACCAGAGAGCUCCAUGACAAAGAGGAAGGGAAGAAGGAGAUUCAGUUUACCCUCAGCCUCACCCCUGAAGCCAUUCUUGUCAUCCAAAAACGAAAUCUGGAAAAGCAGAUGAUGGCGAAGCAACAGAAGUGUUGCGCCUCCGCGGACUUUCGGCACAGGCGAGUUUUUCCAUCCAAAAAGGCGCACGGAGCAUCCAAAGGCUGCGCUCCGGUGGCCAAAGUAGAGAGCGCCGAGCAGGACAUCACCGCCAUUGUUAAAAUAUCUCUUCUGAAUGAUCAGUACAAGUACGACGAUGUGGAGUAUGAAGAAGAGGAUGGAGACGUGGAUGAGACCGUUGUGAGGAAAUGUAAGGAAUGGCUCAAAGGAGUCGAAAAUGCCGCUGCUUUGGGAAAAGUCGACAAACUUUCUGCACUCCCGCACCUUAAAAGCUGCUGACAUCUGACUUUUGAUCUUUCAUUUUUCAACAGACUGAGAGCAGAGAUGAUGGACGCGUGGAAGGUGUGCACCGAUACAGUCCUGCUGCAAUGGCAUUUUAAAUUCGAGUCUUGAGUUUUGCCUGCUGAUUGAAAGCUGGAGGACACUUUGUCUCCAGAGGAAUUUGUUUCGGUUGCUGAAAUAAAUGUCACAAAAAAGACACUUAUUCAAGAAAUUUAAAGAUACAUUCACAAGCUCUAUUUGGAAAAAGAGGACAUUUGACAUUCCCCUGCCUCAACAAAAAUACGAUUUUAAAGCUUAAUUGCAGCUUAUGGUUCAUUACGAGUUUAAUGUCUAACCAAUGUUUUGUUGAUGAAUGAACUGAAUACCUUAAUGCUCUCGUCCUUUGCACAUGGUUUUUGUUUUCAGUGGGGCGCCUGUGGAUUGGCAGAGGGGUUUGCGUAAAGGGACGCCAAAUCGUUCCUUUGUGUUGGAGAACAAUAACAACAGGGUUUUUUAUAAAACCAAACUGGACUGUUUGUGUUUCCUCUGAUAAGAGGGUUUUAUCCUUUGUAGGGAUUUAUCAGUGAUGUACAGUAUUUAAUAUUUACUAAAUAUUUGUACUGUCAAACAUUUUCUCAGCUGAUGAUUUUAUGCCAUUUGAAGUAAAAUGUUUUUUUUUAA